AUGGCAGUGGCAACCCCCUGCGGAGAGCAGAUCCACCGGGAGGUGCAGGAUUACUAUGGCAAAGAGCUGCAGAAGUCGGAGGACCUGAAAACCAAUGCGUGCGUCACCUCGGCCAGGCCCCUUCCCAAGGCGGUGAGAGACGCUUUGGAGCGUGUCCACGAGGAGGUGGUGGCCAGGUACUAUGGCUGCGGUCUGGUGAUCCCUGAGUGCCUGGCAUCAUGCCGGAUCCUGGACCUGGGCAGCGGCAGCGGCAGAGACUGCUACCUGCUGAGCCAGCUGGUUGGGGAGCAGGGCCAUGUCACCGGGAUAGACAUGACCGAGGCCCAGGUUGAAGUGGCAAAGAAGCACAUUGCCUACCACAUGGACAAGUUUGGCUACCGAAAGCCAAAUGUGGAGUUCCUCCAGGGCUACAUGGAGAAGCUGGGUGACGCUGGGCUGGCCGAUGAAAGCUACGAUAUUGUCAUCUCCAACUGCGUGAUCAACCUCGCCCCUGACAAGAAGGCCGUGCUGCGGGAGGCCUACCGUGUGCUGAAGCCUGGGGGAGAGAUGUACUUCAGCGACAUCUACGCCAGCCAGCGCCUGAGCGAGACCGUCCGAAAGCACAGGGUACUGUGGGGGGAGUGCCUGGCGGGAGCCCUGUACUGGAGAGACCUGUACAGCAUUGCCGAGGAGGUGGGGUUCAGCCCCCCAUGCCUGGUUACCGCCAGCCCCAUCACCAUCGGCAACAAGGAGCUGGAGGGCAUCAUCGGCGACUGCCGCUUCGUCUCCGUGACUUUCCGCCUGUUCAAGGUGCCGGGUAGCAGCCGUGCCGGGCCAGGACAGGUCAUCUACAAUGGCGGGAUUGUGGGGCAUGAGCGAGAGCUGGUGUUUGACGCCAACUUCACCUUCAAGGAAGGAGAGGUGGUGGACGUGGAUGCCGAGAUGGCUGCGAUCUUGCGGAGCUCCAGGUUUGCAGAGGAGUUCCUGAUCCGAGCUGAUGGAGCCAACACUGCCGCACCACAGGGCUGCUGUUGCAAGGGGAUGAAGGAGAAGAUCUGUGAUCCCUUCCAGCUGCUGGAGCGGCUGGCGGCCCCGGGUCCUGCCUGUGGUCCCAGUGGCACCUGUGGUCCCCGGGGGUGCUGCUGAGGAGCGAGCGAUGC